CUUAUUAUACGUAUUAUAUAAAAGAUCGAUCCGUGAUAUACAUGAUCUAGAUCACAAGCGUCUGUUAUACUUGUUUAAAGUGAAUAGGUACCUAUACAUAUAAUAUUUCAAGGUGUAUAAAGUUAGUACCUAUACAAACUAAGCUUCAAUAAAAAUCGCACAACAUGAAAUCCGUUACGUUUCUUUUCGCUGUCGUCUUAACAGUGGUCGCUGGGGAUUUCUACAGUUCGCAUUACGACAACUUUGACAUCCAGCCACUAUUAGAGAACGAUAGGAUUCUCCUUAAUUAUACUAAAUGCUUCCUCGACCAAGGACCUUGUACUCCUGAUGCUAAAGAUUUUAAAAAGGUAAUUCCAGAAGCACUAGAAACAACUUGUGGAAAAUGCACUCCCAAACAAAAACAGUUAAUCAGGAAGGUGAUCAGAGCCGUGAUGGAUCGACACAAAGACUCCUGGGAUCAAUUGGUGGAAAAAUUUGAUAAAGAUAAGAAAUAUCGAGACGCAUUCAAUAAAUUCUUAGAGGAAAAUAAGUAAUUGCUAUUAAAGUUUGUGUAGGCGUUGCUUGAAGCGACUUUUAAGAAUUACAAAUUUAGAUACCGAAUCGUUAUAUUAUUUUUUGACCAGAGUUGGAUUUUAUUAUUUUUGCUAAGCUCUAAUUCAGGAGCCAAUUUCUGUAAAACUCGGGUAUGUUAUGAGGACCAAAUAUUCUUUAUGACGACGGUGGCCUGGUGGCCGUUGUAUUUAUAGUGCCACUCAGAGGUCCCAGGUUCGAUUCUCGGUCCGAGAGAAAUAUUUGUAUGGCCUACAUUAAUUGCUCUCGUGAGUUUGGGUGUAAUUUGUGGUUGUCUAUGUGUGUGUCUAUGGCAAUCAACACAGGGUUUUCCAAGUGCAGGGCAAUGUUGAGUGUGUGCGUUAUUAUUAUAAUAGAUAAAUUUAUAUCAAUAAUAUCACAAAAAUUUCAAGAUGAUCACUAAUGGUAUUAAGUAGAUAAGGACUGUUGAUCUCUACAUUAAUUUGAUUAAAGAUCUUUAAAAAAGGUAAAUUUGCCACAUUAACCAUGCUUGCCAGGUAGGUUCACUGUCAGUAGCGACUCUGAAGUUAAAGUUUUUCACACGGGAAUCUCCUGCAUUAGUCUUUGGCAACCUUUUGGAUCAAUCUUAAAUACUUUUGUAAAAGUAUAAAUCACGAACAACUUUGGACAUUGCAUUAGAUAAUCAGCACCAAAUGUUGAUAAUUUGUUCAGAGUUAAUAUAA